AUGAUCGACCUUUUUUACAAAAUUUUGUCAGACUUGCAUCCGUACAAUGUGCGCUAUCUAUUUUAUAUGGUAACACCGAACGAGACAAUCUAUACACGUGCAGAAGAUGUCCCUAACUUUUACCUUGAUCCGGGGACGACGUGGACGUUCACAUUGAUUCUGUUGGAGCUUUUGAUAUUGGACAAGAGCAAGUACGCAUUCAACGAUACCGUCACCUCUGUAAAUGCCGGAAUCUUAUAUCUGCUUUUGAAAAUUGGCGGUCGCGAUGUUUCGGCAUUAUUUUAUCAGAAGGUGUACGACAUGUUGCACAUUGUAGAUCUGCCGGAUUCAUCUUUCACAUGGAUACUUUGCUUAUUCACACAGGAUUUGAUAUUCUAUUUGUGUCAUCGCGCUAUACAUGAAGCUGGUGUGUUUUGGUCGUUUCAUCAGAUGCAUCAUUCUUCUGAGUAUUUCAAUCUCAGUACUGGCAUACGUGAGGCAGCUAUACAGGUUUUCUCGUUCUAA